GAUCUAUAACGAGGAAACAAUCUGACACACGGUCAAGUAGUAGACCAUCUAGACAUAACUCGCCACAUGGCUUAAUAUGAUUGGAUGAUUAGAAGACGGUCUUAUGUGUGUUCUUCUCUUUGUUGAUCAUCUCACGGCUCUGUUCCGUCUCUUUCCUCUUCUCCAUCUCAUUAGUCUCUUGAUCCUGAUAACAAGCAUCUCUCUCUCUUUGAGGUGGCCGCUUCCAUGCCAACGUGUAGAGAAAAUGGGCGAGUCUAAGGGGUAUGAGAGAGGAGGACGUGUGAUUCCAAAUGUUAAUUCUUACAACGUCUCUCUUAAGUUGUCUCCACUUGUUUCUUUUUGGGAUUGUAUUGUCCGAACCAUGAGGUAUUCCUAUAUACCUGAGUGGUUGUAGUAGUUCUUGAGAUCGUUCCUCUACGAGUUUAUUUAGUUAGAAAUUAUAUAUAUAUAUAUAUAUAUUAUAAGCAAGAAAUUAUGGAUCACUGUGUGUGCAAGCAAGUUCAAUCAGUAGCUAGUAAAUUGAAGAAGAAGAAGGCACAUGGUAAAGAUGAGUUUGAUCGUGUCAAACAAGCUGAGAAGAAGAAGAGACGUCUUGAGAAAGCUCUUGCUACUUCUGCUGCCAUCAGGGCUGAGCUUGAGAAGAAGAAGCAGAAGAAACUUGAAGAGCAGCAGAGGUUAGAUGAAGAGGGGGCUGCUAUUGCAGAAGCUGUUGCUCUUCACGUCCUACUGGGAGAAGAUUCUGACGGUGAUGAUUCAUCUCGAGUCAUGCUUGGUGAAGAAAAGGGUUUCAAGAUGGAUAUGUUUAGAGGUGAAAGCUAUGCGGUUCAAGGGAUUGGGUUUGUGUCAAACGGUUGUGGAUUAGGAGACGGUAACUGGUCGCCGUUCGCUAGUGAUGUUUGGGAUGACAACAUGGGGAUGUCAACUGAUUUGAUUGCUGCUCAGGCUGUCUCGUCGCUACAGAUAUCUGAAAACAGUGACGGGAAUACCCUUGUGUUCAAUGGGCUGUUCCGGGGAUGAUGAAUACCAUGAUUUUCAGAUUUGGUUCGCUAAAAGAAUCAUGAAUGUGUUAUGGUUCGUGUUACUGACGAACUGUGCUGUUUAUUCCAGAACCCUUUUGGUUGCUUUGGUGUGAGAUUGCUCUGUUGUCUAGAUGUAUGCCUUUUUCACCUGCAAUGUGUACGGAUGCAUUGUACUCAUCAAACUUGUCACAAAAACUCUUCACAUCUGAAUUGCAAUCAUCUUUAGGUUUCAA